AUGUACAUCACUUCUGGGCCUUCACAGGGCCGCGCGCUCCAAGUGCGCGGGACCAGAGAAGGGCAUUUGGAACUGGACGGGGGCCUGCUGCUGGGCGCCUGGUGGCCGGACACCCCAGCCCAUCGCUGCCCCGCGCCCCUCAGCUUGACUGCCGUGCCACGGAAUACGCGCCAGCGGCGGGUGCUUGAGGCAGCGCGACUUGCAGAGGCGCCUGUCUCAGUGCCGAGCACAUUCUUGGCCGGACGCUGGCGUGGGGACGCGGUGCUGAUCAGCGGCCGAAAGGACCACCCCACGGCACCACCAGAGCGCGCCCAGGAUCUCUGCUGGGUGCUGGGAGGUGACAAGGAGCUUCGAGGUGCCGGCUUCACUACGUGGCCGGCGGCUCAUGUUCUGUUGGGUGUGGGCGGCCGGGUUUUUCACACCAUCCGCGGCACCUACGAAGAUGGCGCGCUGCAACUGGACCUCCACUGGGAGACCUCUGUGGCCUCUCGCUGCCCCGGCGAGAAGCUGAGCCCGGAGCAGGGCGGGUCUGCACCCGCCCACGUGCAGGUCUCUGGCCGUGUUUGGUGGGACGACCGCCGAGGAGCUUUGCUGCUGGCUGGACUGUGGCAGGAGGAAGGCGCCUCCGGGGCUCUGCUGCUGACCAGAGAGCCGACGUCCGAUGCCGGGCUUUGGGAAGGUGACGUGGACGGGAACGCAGCCCAAUGGGUCCUGAGUCUAGCAACUCGGCCUUGGGAUUCGGUCGGCACUUGA